AAAUUUGCUUCACAGCGAGAGAAGAAAAAAAAAUGGACUCACAGGCGCAGCAACAGCAGCAGUGGACGAUGAGCGCACAACCUCAACCCCAUCAUCAACCAUCGACAUGGACUGCUUCUUCUCAACCCUAUCACCAACCUACCUCCGUCGAAGAAAUCAGAACCCUUUGGAUCGGUGAUUUACAGUUUUGGAUCGACGAGAGUUACCUUCAUAACUGCUUCGCGCACACUGGAGAGGUCCUUUCAAUAAAAAUCAUACGCAACAAGAUCACUGGUCAACCUGAAGGUUAUGGGUUUGUAGAGUUUGUUUCCCAUUCUGCGGCAGAACAGAUUCUGCAAACAUACAAUGGGACACAGAUGCCUGGAACAGAACAAACUUUUAGGUUGAAUUGGGCUUCUUUUGGGAUUGGAGAAAGGCGUCCUGAAGCUGGACCUGAGCAUUCCAUUUUUGUGGGGGAUUUAGCGCCGGAUGUCACGGAUUAUUUGUUGCAAGAGACCUUUCGAGCCCAAUAUCCAUCAGUUAGGGGUGCCAAGGUUGUUACUGAUCCGAAUACUGGCCGUUCAAAGGGCUAUGGAUUUGUUAAGUUUUCUGAUGAGACAGAAAGAAACCGCGCAAUGACUGAAAUGCAAGGGGUAUAUUGUUCAACCAGGCCAAUGCGUAUCAGUGCAGCAACACCAAAGAAGACCACUGGUUUUCAGCAGCAAUAUCCAGCAGCUAAAGCCGUAUACCCAGCACCAGUCUACACCACACCAGCUGUACAGGCAUUCCCAGCAGACAAUGAUUUAAAUAACACUACUAUAUUUGUUGGUGGUUUGGAUCCUAAUGUCACAGAGGAGGAGUUACGGCAAAUUUUUGCUCAGUUUGGGGAGCUUGUCUAUGUUAAGAUUCCUAUAAGUAAAGGAUGUGGUUUUGUUCAAUUUGGAGCUCGGGCAUCUGCGGAGGAAGCAAUACAGAGGUUGCAUGGAACCAUGAUUGGUCAACAAAUAGUUCGCCUUUCAUGGGGUAAAAGCCCAACUACCAAACAGGACCAACCUGGUGUCUGGGGCCAGCAAGCGGACCCCAGUCAAUGGAGCAGCGCUUAUUAUGGUUAUGGACAAGGUUAUGAUGCCUAUGCUUAUGGUGCUGCUCAAGAUCCAUCUUUAUAUAACUAUGGUGCAUAUGCUGGAUAUGGACAAUACCCACAACAGGCUGAUGGUGUUCAAGAAAUGUCAGCUAUGGCAGGUGCUGUCCCAGCUGUGGAACAGAGGGAGGAACCCUAUGACCCUUUGGCUACACCAGCCGUUGAUAAGUUAAAUGCAUCGUACCUUGCAAUUCAUGGAAGAGCCAUGGUGGGCCGGCCUUUAUGGCUGCGAACUUCAGAACUUCCACAGCAAGCGUAACUUCUUGGUGUUUAGUUGUACACCACUAAUAUCUCUUCAUUCCUUUUGUGCUUCACUAAUGUUUGAGAGGCAAGUCUGGUGUGCCACAAGUAGGUUAAAAAUUUACAAAAUGGAAGAUCCCAUGGGGGAGAGAAGCACAUGUUUUAGUUCUGUAUAUCAAUGUAGCUUUUGAAUCGUAUUCUUCAUUGUAAGGUUUGAGCACUAAAAAACAUUAAACAGUCUGAUUUGCUGGAGCCAAUUCUUCUAUAAAUUGGAAUAAAUUUUCCUUCCUUGAU